UGAACACUUCACCUUCACUUCAGACCAUUGUCCAUUGGUCCAAGCAGAGCAACCCCACCCACCACAGCUUUGUUCUUCGGUUCUUCCAGUGGUGCACCGGUCGAUCUCUAUGGGGGAGCAGCAGCAGCACAAGAAGAGGCCACGGAACGCGGAGGGGAGCGGCGGCAAGAAGUCCAGCGUCCUGGCGCUAUCCUACAGUCCGGUGGCUACCGUGGCACCAUCGGCACCGGCGGCGCCCAGCCCCGUUGCUAUGGCAAAGCCAGCCCCCACGGUGGCCGUGACCAGUCCUCUGGCCGCCAUGCCGCCGGCACCGGCCGCCCCCGGUCCAGCGGCCAUGGUGGAGGGAGACAUGACUACGCCAGCCGCCACGGUCGUGGUGACCAGUCCAGUGGCCGCCAUGCCGCCGUCGCCGGCCGCCCCCAGUUCAGCUGCCAUGGUGGUGGAUCUGGAGCCGACCGGUCCAGUGGCUACUGUGAAGCCAGUCCGCGUGGUGAAACCGGAAGACGAAGUGGCCGAACAAGAAGAUGCGGCAAUGGCAGCCGGGGCGACGGAAGAUGUGGAGCUCGCCAUCUUGGCCUUGCCCAAGAAGUCGUUUCACUGCGCCGCCUGUCUUUGCCCCCUCAAGCCUCCAGUAUUCAGGUGCGAGAACGAGCAUUUCGUGUGCCAGGCCUGCGGCGGCGCGAACAAGCACUGCGGUCCAUGCGGGCGCGAGGUAUCCUACACCCGCUCCCGCUUCAUGGACGGCGUGGUCGACGCCUACAAGGUGCCGUGCCUCUACAAGGGACACGGCUGCGCCAUGGACGACAUCCCCUACCACUCGGCCGCCGACCACAAGGCCAGCUGCAAGCACGCGCCCUGCUACUGCUUCGACUGCCGCUUCGUGGGCUCGCCGGCCAAGCUCGUGCGCCACCUCGCGUCGCCGUCCGGCGCGCACGCGUGGCCCGUGGAGAAGAUCAAGUACGAGGUGCCCCACCCGUUCGUCGUGCCGGCGUCGGAGGAGGAGGACCAGCGCCGCCUGCUGGUCGCGGAGGACGGCCGCGUGUUCCUCCUGGCCGUGGGCGCCGGCAGGGACCCGGGCGGCCGCCGCGCCGUCACCGUCGUGUGCGUCAGGGGCAACGCCGACGCGGACGCGGACGCCAAGCCUCUGUACACGGGCGUGCUCUGGGUGGACGGCCCUCCGGCGCCCCCGCGCCAGCCGCUGGGGUGCAGCUUCAGGCUGAAGGCGACGGUGGCGAGCUGCUCCGUCCCCGGCGUCGUGGACAUGGACCAGGGCUGGCUCCACGCCCAUGUCAGCCCCAACAUGCUGCACGGCCACGGAGGAGAGUCCGGCGACUGCGAGCUUCAUCUGCGCCUUUGUCUCACUAAGCUAGCGUGAAUUAGCCGCGCCUCGCUGGCUAACCUAGCUAGCUAAUCAUGAUCGCCUUUGCUACUGUUUUCGUCCUAUAUGCACAUGAACCCCACCCCAGUACUAGUAGUAUGAUUUUAUGAUGGAAAACCUCGGUAUGGAUGGAUUUGUAGGGUGCUCCUUCACCCGUUAAUGACUCGCUAAUUUGCAGAUGAUUUGCACUUCUUUGUGUGGUGGAGCAGGGUUUUGGUUUUUGAAAUGAAAAAAAUGGAAUCUCUGUCUGCCCA